GGGUCUAUAAAUGGGGACGGCGGUGAGGCGGCUAUAGACACAACCCGCUUUUUUUUCCCCCUCUUGACACUGGAACACCAGACCCACAUCACCAUGAAACUCUACUUGGCCGUUGCCGUGCUGAUGCUGGUUUUUGCAGCAUUCACAGAGGCUCAGGAUACUGAGACUAUAGAUGAGCAGUUGUCCAGCUUUGGCACCAAAGUGUCGGAGCUGACCCAGGACCUGGCCGAGAAGACCAAGAACGCUUUCCAAGACAUGCACAACAGCGAGUUUGCCACCAACACCAGGAACUGGUUUCAGGAGCAGUUCGCGAAGGUAAAGUCGAGCUUUGAUGGGCUGUCAAGGAAAUAGUAAGGCCGCAGUACACUCGACUGCUACAGCUGUGCUUGGAUUCCGGACCCUGACCCCUGAUCCGAUUCUGGACCCUGAUCCUGACCCCUUUAGUUUGACCUCACAUUGUGACACCCCCCCCC